CAAGAGGGCUUAGUAGUCAUCUGGUGCCGAUUGAGGGGGACAAGUCCGGUAACAUCUUUCCCUUUUUGUUCCUUAGCCCACAUGUUACGCACUUUAUGCCAUUUUUCACGCACCAUUAUAUUAACAUGCUCUGGGAUUCGAGGAGGAGGGAAGUUGAUUACAGAGAGAAAGAGAUAGAAUGGAAGAACAUGUUGAGAUGGUGGGCAGGGCAUUUGUGGAUCAUUACUACCAUCUCUUUGACAAUGACAGAGCUUCUCUCCCUUCUCUCUACCACCCGACCUCCAUCCUGACCUUUGAGGGCCAGAAGGUAGUAGGGGUUGAUGACAUAUCUUCCAAGCUUAAUCAGUUGCCGUUUGACCAAUGCCGGCAUAUGGUCAGCACCAUUGAUUCACAGCCCUCAGCCUGCACCGGCGGAGUGGUGGUCUUCGUCAGUGGCAGCCUCCAGUUGCCGGGAGAGGAGCACCAUCUAAGGUUUAGCCAGAUGUUCCACUUGAUUCCCACGCCACAAGGAACCUUCUUUGUGCAGAAUGACAUAUUUCGGCUCAAUUAUGGUUAAUCUGUUGUGAUCUACUACUGGUGUGGCAACCUACUUGAUCACGAUUUGAGGGAACAAAAAUAUGGUUCACAAUUCUCUCGAUCUACUGUUAAUUUUCAGAACUUUUUGUAUCAUUGUUUUCUGGAUAAUUUAUUAACAACUUCUUUGAUCACCCAAA